AUGUCAUUUCCUUCGCCUCCCUCUCUCGUUCGCUCACUGUCGGACGACCACUUGAUGCUAGAUGCCUCUCCAUCUUUCUCAUCGCCAAUGCGUACUGUUCCGAAUUAUGGAGGCCAGUCGCAAACCACCACUGGUCUUGGGAUCUCGCACUGCGAGAUGGGCCCUCUAGUUGAACAGCCAAGGGUCUACCCACCCGAAGCGUACCCAUCGCCGACACCCGACUGGCCUGACCUUCUAAUGCCCCCCGAAAACCUUCUCGAAGCCACGCUGGACGUUGGCCCUUUCUCUCCUGCGACACAGUAUGAAAAUUUAAGCAAUUACCCCGAUGUCUCGGCCUCACCCCUCAGUUUCUACGAAUCGCAAACUCUAAGUGCAUCUUCCGAGUACGGCCCUCCCAUAGACAUUGCAGGGCAUCAGGAUAUGAUGGGCAAUCAGAGUUCAAACUUUUGGCCAAGCACGACUUGUGUCGAUGGUCUUGCUCGUCCCGACAGUCAGUGCAAAGUGAAGGAGGAGCCUAAUGAAUUUUGGGACCAGGGCUUCCUGUCAGACUCCAAUAACGCUACUGGGGCUCCUAUGGCGGCACAGAUGGCACGGCUCGUGGUCAACGAUAAUGUUUGUCCUAAUACUCAGCAAGCCAGUGGAAAUAAUGGCACAUUAGUUGAGGUGGACCCCAAUGUGGACCGUGCCUCAGAUCGUGGCCAAAGGGCUACGGUUCGCAAUGCUCCCUACGAAGUGGUCUAUAAGUUUGCUAAAGAAAAUGGUGAAACGCCGAAUGAUGAUCCUUACAAAAUACUAUCUGCAAGCGGUCUUGAAUGUACUGUCUGCGGUACAUGCUUCACCCGACGCUCGAACUGCCGCGAACAUAUGAAAAAACACGACCCUAGCCGCCGAAAAUCCUAUCGCUGCGAGACAUGUGAGCGGCCGUUUGGAAGGAGGACCGACCUGAGGAGGCAUGUUGAUAGCAUACACCGUGGAAUUCGAAAGUUCGUUUGUGAUGAGUGUGACCAGCGGUUCAGUCGACAGGAUACUCUUUCUAGACCGAUUGCCAACAACGACGGCACCGCAGAUCAAAUGCCUCCCGAGGGGAUAAAGGAGCUAGCCAAGCCGCUCAUUGUCCAGCUUCAGAUUCUACUCACGAGAGCAAGAUACAACCUUCUUAAUUAG